UAAUAGAUCAAACAAGUCAACGGUGGUAAAGCAGCACCUGAUCGACAGACCGAAAAAUAGUUCCUGGGACUAAUUAAAAUGACGAGGUUGUUUGUUUGUUUUUAAGAAUAUUCCCAUUCUCUACCUUUAACCAGUGGAUUAAGAUGUCUCCUCCUCCAACCACAGGUCGAGCCAACACAGACGGGGAGGCAAUCAGAGGGAAGGUGGUGGGAGAGAGGGGGACGGAGGCAGGGAAGGAGAGGAAGGCAGUGCCUGCUGGAGCGACACACAGGCGCGGGAGGACGCAAACUUCGACGCGCCGCUCUCCAGGACUAAAAACUCACCCCUUCCUCUCGCUUUGUUUCCCACACAACUUUUUCCCCACCCCCAAAUGCGUCUCUAGAGCCGACGUUAACGACUCGGUUCUCCCCCACACCCACCAGUCAUUUCUUUUUCUCAACUUCAGUCGGACGGGAUCGCUAGGACAGGUGGAAAUGAUGGCGAGUACCGCGGCGCCUCAGCGCAGCCGGACGCGGGUGUCGCUGCUGCUCUGGCCGCUCUUGGUGGCCUGCUGCCGGGUCACUUUGGCACAGGAACUGCCUGCUCACGGGGUAAACGGCUACAGCCUGCACCCGCCGUACUUUAACCUGGCCGAGGGCACCAAGAUCACCGCCACGGCGACCUGCGGAGUGGACGAGACCGGCAGGACGUUGCAAGACCUUUACUGUAAACUGGUGGGAGGCCCGGUGUCCGGGGAUCCGAGCCAGACCAUCCAGGGUCAGUACUGUGACAUCUGCAACCAGGGGGAAAGCGAUCGAGCCCAUCCCAUCACCAACGCCAUCGAUGGAACCGAGCGAUGGUGGCAGAGUCCACCUCUGUCCCGCAGCACUGAGUUCAAUCAGGUCAACGUCACCCUGAACCUUGGACAGCUUUUCCACGUGGCCUAUGUGCUGAUCAAGUUCGCCAACUCACCCCGUCCAGACCUGUGGGUUCUGGAGAGAUCCGUCGACUUCGGCCAAACCUACCAACCCUGGCAGUACUUCUCCUCCUCCAAAAGAGAGUGUAUUGAACGAUUUGGUCAAAGAACCAUUGAAAGGAUCAACUCUGACGACGACGUCAUCUGCACCACUGAAUACUCUCGUAUAGUCCCGCUCGAAAAUGGAGAGGUUGUCGUGUCCUUGGUCAACGGUCGUCCUGGCGCCAUGAACUUCUCCUACUCUCCUGUUUUGCGGGACUUCACCAAAGCCACCAACAUCAGGCUCCGCUUCUUGAGAACCAACACGUUGCUCGGACACUUGAUGGGCAAGGCCCUGCGCGACCCCACAGUUACCCGCAGGUACUACUACAGCAUCAAAGACAUCAGUAUUGGAGGACGCUGUGUGUGUAAUGGACACGCCGAGGCCUGCAACGCCAAAGAUCCCAAUGAUCCCUACAAGUUACAGUGUGACUGUCAGCACAACACCUGCGGUGUGUCCUGUGACCAGUGUUGCCAUGGACAUAACCAGUUACCGUGGAAACCAGCAACUACUUUCAGCGCUAACGAGUGUGAACCCUGUAACUGUCACCGCCACUCAUUCGACUGUUACUACGACCCUGAAGUCGAUGAGCGCAGGGGCAGCGUGGACAUCCACGGACAUCACCGAGGAGGAGGAGUCUGCCUCAACUGUCAGCACCACACCACUGGCAUCAACUGUGAGCGCUGCAUCCCCACCUACUACAGGUCACCUGACCACAGCAUUGACUCAUCUCUGGCCUGUUCUCCCUGUGACUGUCAGUCAGAGUUCACAGACGGCACCUGUGAAGAUCUGACCGGUCGUUGCUUCUGCAAACCAAACUACAGUGGGGAGAACUGUGACUCCUGCGCCAGCGGGUUCAUCAACUUCCCUGAAUGUUACCCUGCUCCUACUUAUCCAACUAACAACAAUGGCGAGGCAAAACCAGCAGGAGAGAUCAUCAACUGUGAGUGCAGCGCCGCAGGGACUGUGGACAACUCCUGCAGGCCUGACCCGAGAACUCGAACCUGUGUCUGUAAACCAGGUUUCACUGGUGACCACUGUGACACCUGUGCUCCAGGAUUCCAUGGACUCAACUGUCAGGCAUGCCAAUGUUCAGGCCCCGGCUGUCUGGACGGGUCAUGUGACUUUGUGACAGGUCACGGUGUGUGUCGAAGUGGUUUCCAGGGUUACGAGUGUGAUCAGUGUGCACCAGGCUACUUCAACUACCCACUCUGUCAAUUGUGUGGUUGCAGUUCGGUCGGUUCUCUCCCUGAAAUCUGUAAUUCAACUGGACACUGUGUGUGUAAACCAGAGUUUCAGGGACCUCGGUGUGAACAGUGCAGAUCUGGAUUCCACUCCUACCCCAACUGUCAAGUGUGCACCUGUGACCCUCGCACCUCGUUGGACACCAGCUGCACUGCGUCAGGUCACUGCCACUGUCGGCCCAGUUACAGCGGAGCCUCAUGUGAGCAGUGUGCUCCUGGUUAUUAUGGUUACCCAACCUGCACACCCUGCCAGUGUUCUGCAGAAGGAUCACGAUACACCAGCUGUGACCAGGUGACGGGUCACUGUGUGUGUCUGCCCCAUGUGGUUGGACAGAGGUGUGACAGCUGUGCACAUGGAGCUUACGGCUUCCCCAACUGCCAGACUGGUACCUGUCAUCCAGCUGGUUCUGUCCAGUAUGUGGUACCACCUCCACUGGGCCAGUGUGAGUGCCGUCAGCAUGUGGAGGGUCCAGCCUGUGACAGAUGUAAACCUCUGUACUGGAACCUCUCUCCUGACUCUCCUGAUGGAUGCACCAACUGUGAAUGCCACAUUGCUGGGACUCUGAGUGGUGUUGCAGAGUGUGCACAGGAAACUGGUCAGUGUCACUGUAAACCAAACGCCUGCAGUGGAACGUGCUCCACCUGUAAGGAUGGCUACUACAACCUGCAGGAGCAAAGUUACUUUGGCUGCCAGGGAUGCCAGUGCGACAUCGGGGGCUCUGCAGGCCAGUCCUGUGGAGAAAGGAACGGACGCUGUCGCUGCAGACCCAACAUAGAGGGCGCUAAGUGCAACCUACCUCGUCCUGACCAUUUCUUCCCAGACCUCCAUCAUAUGAAGUUUGAAAUCGAGGAAGGAACCAUGCUGGACGGCCGACCAGUGCGAUUUGGUUACAACCCUCUGGAGUUUAAGGACUUCAGCUGGAGGGGUUACGCCCAGAUGACCCCCAUCCAGUCCAAAGUUCUGGUGUCGGUGUCAGUCACCUCGCCUGAUCUUUUCCGAGUGGUGCUGCGUUACGUCAGCUGGCGUGGUGUGAAUGUUUGGGGCAGGGUGUCGGUCGUAGAAGACGACGGGCGCCACCGCUGUGGUAAAUGUUCAGAACAGUCUAAACAGAUCGUCUUUGCUCCGAGUGUGGAGCCCACUUUUGUCAACGUUCCACAGAAUAAUUUUGUGGAACCGUUUGUCCUGAACCCUGGAACCUGGACAGUGGUUAUUGAGGCUGAGGGGAUCCUGCUGGAUUAUUUAGUGCUGCUUCCCAGUUCCUACUAUGAGGCUCCCAUCCUGCAGAUCCGGGUCACUGAGCCCUGCACCUACAGCCCUGUACCUGAUGCCAACCAAAACUGUCUGCUGUACAGGUAUCUCUCUCUGGACUCCUUCCCUUCCAUCUCUGGCAACGAUGCCAGCUGCCGUAGUGACAACCACCUGCCACGACCCUGCCCAACUGAGAAGGUCACUCCACGCCACCCUGACAUGGCCGUCUGCAGUGGCUAUGAUAUUAGCAUCGAGCUGCAGACUCGUCUGACCUCCCCGGGGGAUUAUGCUUUGGUAGUAGAAUAUUCUAGUGAAGAGGAACUUCCACAGACACUGUCUGUAGUGAUUAAUAUGCCAGGAUCACGGACACACCAGCACCUGGUCACUCUGCUGCACUGCAAAUACAGAUUGUCUGGGUGUGUGUUGUCUCCUGUCUACAGUGUGUGGCUGGAGUUAACUCCUGCUUUUUGUUUUCUGCAGCACAAACUCUAUCUGGUUCCCAGAGACCAGUUUACAAUGGAGUACAUUGAACCCAAAGUCCACUGCAUCAACUCUCAUGGACAGUUCUCUCCUGACAGUUCCUCCUGUGCCCCCUCACGAUUCCAGACACCGUCAGACUCUCUAGUACUGAAGGACGGACAGAGCUCUUCCACCCAGGAGCAGGUUUUGACCUUCCCUGCUGUAGCUUCUCCUCUGCCGCCCUACCAGAAAGAGUCAUCUUGGAGUGAGGGAGUGCGACCACCGUUUGGAGCAGACACCAGUGACCACAUCAGGCUGGACUCAGUGCAGAAUGCAGCAGUGUUCUCCACACGGGUCCACACCUUGGGUCGCUACGUCUUCAUUCUCCACUACCAUCAGCCUUCCCACCCCACAUACCCUGUUCAGGUCUACAUCAACGGAGGACGAAUCUGGCAAGGUCACGCCAACGCUUCCUUCUGUCCUCACGCUUAUGGCUGCCGUGACGUCCUCAUCUCUGAGAACCAGAUCAUUCUGGAUGUGACUGACCACGAGGUGUUCGUCACGGUGCAGAUACCUAUAGGCAAGACCCUGUGGCUGGAUUAUGUUCUGGUUGUGCCUGAGUCCAGCUACAGCUCUAACCACCUGAACGAGGAGCCCAUGGACAAAUCGUAUGAUUUUAUCAGCAACUGUGGUCAAAACAGCUUCCACCUCAAUUCUGCCACUGCCUCUAAGUUCUGCCUCAGCUCAGCCGUGUCUCUGUCAGCGUUCUUUAAUAACGGAGCGCUGCCAUGCGCUUGUCACGAGGUUGGAGCUGAGAGCGACACCUGUGAAAGCUUCGGUGGUCAGUGCCGCUGCAGACCUAACGUGAUUGGUCGAGACUGCUCCAUGUGCGCCACAGGCCACUGGGGUUUCCCCAACUGCAGACCCUGUAACUGUGGCACAAGAUUGUGUGAACCAGUGACCGGGGACUGUAUCUGCCCCCCGAGGACGCUGCGCCCUGAGUGCAUCGAAUGUGAACCCCAGGCGUUCGGCUGCCACCCGCUCGUGGGCUGUGAGAUCUGUAACUGCUCUCGGCCUGGAGUCGUCUCCACUGAAACCAGCUGUGACACUCUCAGUGGACAGUGCAGAUGUAGGAACAACAUUGUCGGACGUCAGUGUGACCGCUGUGCCCCCGGUUUCUAUGGUUACCCCAACUGCAGACCAUGUGACUGCAAUGAGGCAGGAACUGAAGAGGAAGUGUGUGACUCCUUCACAGGGCAAUGUCUCUGCAAGGAGAACGUCCAGGGCACUCACUGUGAUCAGUGCAGAGUUGGUACGUUCCACCUAGACCCAACCAACCCCAAAGGCUGCACCAGUUGCUUCUGCUUUGGAGCAAUUGAUCGCUGUCGAAGCUCUGACAAAAGACGCACUGAGGUCAUGAACAUGGAGGGCUGGGUGCUGCUGGGAGCUGACAGACAGGAAGUGCCAGUGACUGUGUAUCCCGGUCAGGAUCUUGUAGAGGCGGACCUCAGUGAUGUGCCUGAUGUUUACCAGGACCUCCACUGGUUCGCACCCAAGACUUACCUGGGAGACAAGGUCUCAUCCUAUGGGGGUUAUCUGAGGUAUCGACUUCACACUCAAACCAUGAGAGGUGAUGUGUUGUCUCUGCCUGCAGAAGCCUCCAGGCCUGACAUCAUUCUCAAGGGAAACCAAAUGACCCUGGUGUUCAUGGAGAGAGAGUACGCCUCUCCCGACGAGCCUCACCUUGGAAUCGUUCACCUGGUCGAGGGCAGCUUCCGUCACGCUCAGACCGGAAACUCUGUGUCUCGAGAGGAGCUGAUGAUGGUGCUGGUGGCGCUGGAGUCCCUGCAGAUCCGAGCCAUCCACUCGCAGUUGGCUCACUCCGUGUCGCUCCGUGGUGCUGUGCUAGAGGGCGCUGAGAACCUUCCCUCUGGUCGUCACGCCAACAACGUGGAGAUCUGCAUGUGUCCCGCCAACUACAUUGGAGACUCGUGUCAGAAAUGUGCUCCUGGUUUCUACAGAGACACCAUCGGCCUGUUCCUGGGAAAAUGUGUUCCCUGUAACUGUAACGGUCACUCUGAACAAUGUCUGGACGGAUCUGGAAUCUGUGUGAACUGUCAACACAACACAGCAGGCGACCACUGUGAGACGUGUCAGGGUGGUUUCCUUGGCAACAACAGCGUUGACGGAGAGGCAGUAUCUUGCUCCAGUUGUCCUUGUCCACUCAGGGUCCCCUCCAACAAUUUUGCCGAGGGUUGUUUGCAGAGAACUGACAAGAUGCAGUGUCUGUGUAUGCCUGGAUAUGCUGGACCGCACUGUGAGAGGUGUGCUCCUGGUUUCUAUGGAAACCCCAUGGUUCUGGGCAGCAGGUGUCAGCCGUGUGACUGCCACGACAACACCGAUCCCAACAUGCUCUUCACCGACUGUCAUCCCUUGACCGGAGAGUGUCUGAGCUGCAUGCACAACACAGCCGGACGGCACUGUGAGAUCUGUGCUCCUGGUUACUACGGUGACGCCGUCGCUGCCAAAAACUGCACCAAAUGUGACUGUUCUCCUUGUGGCACCGAGUCAUGUGAUCCUCACACUGGACAGUGUCGAUGCAAACCAGGGGUCACUGGACCACGCUGUGAUCGCUGUGAGGACGGCUCCUUUGGCUUUGACUCCUGCUCUGGCUGUCGUCAGUGUGACUGUGAGGCCUCAGCUGCCCUCACUCAGCCCUGUAACCCUCAGAGUGGUCAGUGUGCCUGUCAGCCUGGAGUCAAUGGACCUAACUGCAAACAGUGUGCACCUGGAUUCUGGGACUAUGGACCGAACGGAUGCAAGAAGUGUGGGUGUAGAGGAGGUCGAUGUGACCCACGAACAGGGGAGUGUCGCUGCCCAGACGGGAUGACUGGAAAACAGUGCGACUCGUGCACACACAAAUACAGUGUGGCUGUUGAGGAGCAUCACGGCAUGCACUGUGAAGUUUGUGACAGCUGCGUCAUUGUGCUGUUAGAGGAUCUGAACAAGAUGAACAAGAACUUCAGCGCUGUGGCCAAUCAGCUGAGCAACCUUAAUGCCAGCUCCAUGGCCUGGGCUCAGCUGAGUGCUCUCAACAAGUCUGUGGAGGAAACAGCUCGUUCUGUCGAGGACUACAACAAAACCUUGGAUGACAACAGGAUUCGGGCCAACAUGCUGGACACUGAGAUCCUAAACCUUAACGAGGACCUUGAUGAACUGCAGGACAAGGCAGCAGUGAUGAACAACAGGGUUGACAACCUGAACAAUAGUACUACAAACACACACCAGAGGGCGCUGGACCUGCUGCAGUUCGUCACAAACCUGACACUGGAUAUCAACGAUUUCCUCAACAUGGCGAACAAGUCACUGAUGAAUGACACAGAUGUAGAUCAGGAUGACGACGAAAGGGAGAAUAAAUUUAGGGAGGUGCAGACCAUGCUGAGGGAGAUGAGGUACAGGAGCUGUGUGGGUCAGAUGGACAUGGCUGAAAAAGAGAAGACAGAGGCAGAAAAAUUGUUGAACCGGAUUAAAGAUGAGCUGGUCAGUCGUCAGAAUGAAAACAAAGAUGUGGCCAAGACCAUCAAAGAUCGUCUGACUCGCUUCCACUCUGAAAUGAUGGACCUGCGAGACGCCCUGAAUGAAGCAGUGAAAAACACGGCCAAAGCAGGAGAACUCAAUAACAUCAAUGAGAAAUCUCUGGAGGACAACAAGAGGAGACUGGACGACCUGCUGGCCAAACAGAGGGAGGUCUACGAUCAGUUAGACAUGGCUGAGGAUGACGUAGCUCAGGUCAAUGAUCUGCUGUCCAUGCUGCAAGAUGCCAAAGAGGACUACGAGCGUCUGUCAGCUCAGCUGGACGGCGCCAGGACACCACUGGCAAAGAAGGUGAAGGACUUUGGUUGGACUGAAUCCAAGAUCCCACUGGUGGAGCAGGCGGAGAAACAUGCUGAGCUGCUGGACGCUUUAGCCAUGAACUUGACCAGUCUUGUUGCUGAAACUAAAAAAGAAGGAAUCGUGGAUGUGACUCAAGCCUACAACAAAAUUGUCAACAGCAUCAGGGAAGCAGAGGAGGCUGCCAAGAUGGCCGACAAGGCUGCUAAUGACACAAUGGAGAAUAUAAAGGAUCUGGACCUCGGUCAAAUCGCAGAUUCUUUGCGGAACCACAGUGUGGAGCUGAAGGAUGAAGUGGAGAACUUAAGAGAAGAACUUAAUAAUGAGCUCAAGCCUCAGCUCAAAGAUGCUAAAAAACGACUAAAUGAUGCCAAAUCUAAAAAAGACAAGUUGAUGAAAGACUUGGAGAAAAUUCAGGAGAGCCUCAACCUAACCACAAAUGUGACUCAGGAGAUCAAUGAGGCAAAGAAGGCAGCUGAGCUGGCCAACAGCACGGCCACUCAAGUCAACGAUGCCCUGCGUCCAAUCAAAGAGCAGCUGGACCUGUGGAAGGGGACCUACGGAGAUGCCAACGCCACCAAUAAUGACAUCAACAAGGCACUGAUGGAAGCCAACAAGACAGUGCAAGAGCUGGGUACCACUAUACCGACUCUGUUAACAAAGCUGGACAGUCUCCAGAAUCACUCCUUCCAGAUGCCAAACAUUUCCGAGAACAUCAACAGAAUCAGACAACUCAUACAGCAGGCCCGCAACGCUGCCAGCAAGGUGAGUGUACCAGUUAAGUUCAACGGAGAGUCUGGAGUCCAGGUCCGCACUCCGCCAAACCUGGCUGACCUCGCUGCAUACACCUCCCUGAAGUUGUACGUCACUCUGCCGGAGUCAGCUCGCUCCAGGCGACAGGGCGAUGCCACACGACAGUUUGUCUUCUACCUGGGCAACAAGGAUUCCAGCAAGGAGUUCCUGGGUAUGGCUCUGGAGGGGAAGCGUCUGCGCUGGUACUUUAAUGUUGGAGGAGAUACUGCUGAAGUGCAGAUGCCCGAAGACGUCAAGGCCGAUGGAAAAUUUAACAAUGUAGUGAUGGAGAGGAUUCUCCAGUACGGUCAAAUGUCCAUGUCCUCAGAAACCAAAGAAGGAGACCAGACGGUCACCAAAAGUCUUGUGGAGGCCAGAGGAGAUCAGGGCCUGCUCAACCUCCUGACUGAUGACACUGUGUUCUACGUUGGAGGUUACCCCAGUACUUUCAAACCUCCUGCUGCACUGGCUCUGCCCAACUUUAAGGGCUGCAUCGAGCUGGAUACACUAAACGAGGAGGUGCUGAGUUUGUACAACUUUGAAAACAUCUUCAGUCUGAACACCACAGAGGAGAAACCUUGUGGCAGAUCUAAGCCGGUGCUGACUCAGGCCUGGGUGAAUGACGCGGCGUUCUUCGAUGGUACCGGCUUCGCUGAGGUCAUCAUCGCUGAUGAACCCAUUAAGAUGCAGCGCUUUGAACAGGAAGUCAAACUGCUCUCACAGAAAGGAAUUCUGCUGCUGCUGCAGAACGGGAAUCAGUUCCUGUGUCUGGCAGUGCUACAUGGCACACUAAGGGUUUUCUACGAUUUCAGUGGUGAUCCUAAAGAGGAAGUGGAGCCUAAAGAGCCAGAUUCUCAAAAAUUGUUGGUCGGCGAUGCAGAUGCUAAAACUGUGGAGCUCAUCAUCAUGCGUUCACCCGCACACCGUAUUGUGGUGAGGAGCAACCGCGUCACCCUCUACAGCCACGUGUUUACAGUGAACAUCCCAGACUUCAGCGGUAUAUACCACCUGGGGGGAGUCCCUCAGAGCAAGAUGCCAGAGAAGUUGAAGACCUGGUUUCCUAAGCAGGGCUCUCUGAAAGGCUGUUUCAGAAACGUGAAGGCAUUAAACUCUCAUGUUGACCUGAAAAGAACAAAGAGUUCUGGAGUCAGUUUUGGUUGUCACAGCGACCUUUUGGUGGCUCGUGAGGCUCAUUUCUCCGGCCAGAGUUACUUGGAUUUGGCCGUGUCUGACAUUCCAGGUCUCAGGGACAACUUCUACACCAGCUUCAGUUUCAGAACUGACAAGAAGGAAGGACUUAUGUUCUACCACCAAGAUUCGGACGGCGUCUGCCAGGUGUUUUUGCACGACGGACAUGUGGUGGUGAGGGCAGGCAACAGCGAGGUUAAGACGCAGAAGACGUACAACGACGACAACAGCCACUACGUCGCAGUCUACAAUAACAUCAACGGGAUCCGUCUGUACAUGGACGACAUGCUGGAGAAAUCCAAAGCUAGUAUACGUUUGGACACCAGGGGGCGUUCUGUAUCAACCACAGGUAGCAGCACCUUCCUGGGGGGAACGCCUGACCAACCUCUGACCAACCUCACCGGCUGUAUCAGCAACAUUUUCAUCAAGAGGAACACCGAUCCUCAGAUGGUCCUGAAUCUUCUGAAGGUCAAGGAGAACGUCAACGUUCCUCUGAGUUGUCCCGCCGCCUCCAAACCUCAGCAGAUUGUUGCUGCUCUGCCCAAACCCAACAGCAAACCCAAGGGGAAACACAAGAAGCCAUCCGGUUCCCGGAGCCGUAACACCAGGGAGUCCUGUCAGGGCGGGCCCUCGGAUCAAGAGGUCGGAGCCACCCACUUCAGUGGCUCCACACACAGCUACCAGAGAUACGACUCCCUGCCCAGCUCUCUCAGCUCUAUGCCUCACAUCUCCCUGUCUGUGAGGAUCAACUCCUCUGAGGGUUUGCUGCUUCAUGCAGCCGGUCAGCACCGGGCCUUCAUGUCCCUCAGUGUCUCAGAUGGUCACAUGCUGCUGCUGCUGGACGGGGGGAAGAGAAAGGUCAGCCUGCGCAGCCGCAAGAAGUACAACGACGAUCAGUGGCACACGGUGUUUGUGAAGCGUGAAGGAGAGAAGAUGAGUCUGGUUGUGGACGGUAUCAGCGCUCAGUCCAAGAGAAUUCCUGGAGGAGACAAGACUCGUCUCAAAGAGCCCCUGUACAUCGGAGGCGUCCCACCAACGUUGACAGCUCCAGGCAUCAGUGGCUUCAUGGGUUGUGUGAAGGACCUGAAGCUGAACGAGGUGCCUGUAGAAAACCCCUCCCACAGUCAAGGGACUGUGCCAUGUUUCCAGAACCCUCUACAGCCUGGAGUCUACUUCUCUGGACAAGGAGGACACAUCACAAUCGACGAGUCCUUGGUUCUUGGUCGGGAUCUCGAGGUCAAGUUAGAGGUUCGACCCAUCUCUGACUCUGGGCUGCUGCUGCAUGCUGGGAUAUCAGCCAAUCAACACCUUAGUUUGACUCUGAAGCAGGGAGAGGUGACUGUGUCAGUGAACAGUGGUAAAGGUGAGUUCUCUGCCUCCUUCACACCUGAAGAACCUCUGUGUAACGGACACUGGCACUCCAUCAUAGUGGUGAUGAAGAACAACGUCCUGCAGCUUCAUGUGGAUGAAGCCACAGAGCAGAGUGUUGGCCCCAAACAGAGCCGUUCUGCAGGAAGCAAGGAGACUGUUUACCUCGGAGGAGUGCCUGAUGGCGUUACAGUUCCUGCUGCGCACGCCGAUCUGCCUCCUUUCCGGGGCUGCAUCCGCCACGCCACGGUCAACCACAAACCCAGCGUGCUGUCCAAACCUCUGGCUGUGCACGGAUCUGUAGGAACACAGGGCUGCCCGCACAUAUAAAUCAAACACACACACACACAGUCUUAUCCUCACAUUCCCCAACUCUGAAUACCUGGUGGUGGGUGUCAUGUUACUGUAGCUUAUUUAAAAUAUAUAUUAAUAUUUAUUGUAUAUUUUGAAUAAAAUCUAUAUUUUAUAACAUUCUGUUCAUUGAGGCUUUAGAACUGUUCUUUUUGUGCUACAGGGUGCUACAACAGUGACAACUGCACACACAGAUGCACUGACACAUGACGUUAAAGUGUCAAAUCAAUGUUUUUAAUCAUUAAAAAACUGUUUAUAUUGUAUAUAAAGCAAAAAACGCUUGAAUUUUUUAUAUAUAUAUAAACAAAUGGUGAAAAAAUAAAUUAUAACACAGUUGAUUUCAGUCAUUUUGCUGCAAAAAAUGUUACAUUUCAGAUAUAUUCUACUGAAGUACAGACCGUGUACAUACUGCCGCGGUGUGUUGUUGUGCAUCUCCAGCAGAGAACGUUGAUUCCUACUGAGUCGGUACACUGUGAACACUGAUUUGUGAGAAAUGUCCUCGAAGGAAUAUGGGAAAUAUUGUAUACAACAGACACAGAUAUUUUACUGAAGAUACGCAAAAAUCGGACACAUCCGUCAUUCAACAACGUGAAGUACACGUGAGUACUCUGGAACAUUUUUAAGUUUGUGCCAUUUUUAUGUUGUGUACACAUUUUCCCAUCUGUGCUGUGUAAGUAAUCAUGUACCAAAUGUUUGUGAAACAUGUAUUUUGUAUAACCACUUAUAAAAGAAAAUAUCUCAGAAAGAAUAAGCUUUCCUCCUCACUCACCUGUUGUAAAUGCAUUUAUAAAUAAAACGUUUUUUCAUACAAUCUGCCCUGGUCAGCUGCCUUAAAAACAAGUCAAAAAUCUGGUUUAUUCAUGUAUGAUUUAUUUUGAUUAUGAUGAUAAAUCACUAAAACAAAAGUGUGAAAACAAAAAAAGAAGGAAAUAAAAC